AUGGACAUCAUUGCUGACAUUGACAAGAACUGCAUCAGUGGGAAUGUGAAGGGAGACAGCCUGAUUGGAGUAGGAUCAGAAGAUGGAGCAGGGCCAGCUUCAUGGAGGGGGUGUGUGUGUGCGCGCGCGCGUGUCUUUUUCUCGGUUUCUGUGUGUCUCUGUCCCUCUGUCUCUCUGGGGAGGGCAGGGCAGGAUGCAUGGGUGUGUCCUCAGAUCACUGGUCAGGGCUCCCCAGAAUCAAGGCCUGCUGUGGAUCUCGUUCGCAGUAAGAGCCGGGGCACUGACAAUAGACUGGCCCACCGGCGGCAGACGGCUCCCCGUGAGAAGGGGAGAAGGCUAGCUAACCGAGGACCAGCGUACAUGUUUAAUGAUCACUCAACAAGCCUGUCUAUCGAAGAGGAACGCUUUCUAGAUGCAGCGGAAUACGGCAACAUCCCCGUGGUAAGGAAGAUGUUAGAAGAAUGCCUCUCCCUCAAUGUCAACUGUGUGGAUUACAUGGGCCAGAAUGCCCUGCAGCUGGCGGUGGCCAACGAGCAUCUGGAAAUCACAGAACUUCUUCUCAGAAAAGAAAAUCUCUCUCGCGUUGGGGAUGCCUUGCUUUUGGCUAUUAGUAAAGGUUAUGUUCGCAUUGUGGAAGCCAUUCUCAGUCACCCGGCUUUUGCUGAGGGCAGGCGGCUAGCCACCAGCCCGAGUCAGUCUGAGCUGCAGCAGGAUGACUUUUACGCCUACGAUGAGGACGGGACCCGCUUCUCCCACGACGUGACCCCAAUCAUCCUGGCCGCCCACUGCCAGGAGUACGAGAUCGUGCACACCCUCCUGCGGAAGGGCGCUCGGAUCGAGCGGCCCCACGACUAUUUCUGCAAGUGCAGCGAGUGCAACCAGAAACAGAAGCACGACUCCUUUAGCCACUCGAGGUCCAGAAUUAAUGCCUACAAGGGCCUGGCCAGCCCAGCCUACCUGUCCCUGUCCAGUGAAGAUCCCGUCAUGACAGCGUUAGAGCUCAGCAAUGAGCUGGCCGUGCUGGCCAACAUUGAGAAGGAGUUCAAGAAUGACUACAAAAAACUGUCCAUGCAGUGCAAAGAUUUUGUUGUUGGACUCCUCGAUCUGUGCAGAAAUACCGAAGAGGUAGAGGCCAUUCUGAAUGGGGAUGUGGAGACACGCCACAGUGAUGGAGACCAUGGGCGGCCAAAUCUCAGCCGUCUGAAACUUGCCAUUAAGUACGAAGUAAAAAAAUUUGUAGCUCAUCCAAACUGCCAACAGCAGCUUCUCUCGAUAUGGUAUGAGAACCUUUCUGGUCUGCGGCAGCAGACCAUGGCGGUCAAGUUCCUUGUGGUCCUCGCCGUUGCCAUCGGACUGCCCUUCCUGGCUCUCAUUUACUGGUUCGCUCCGUGCAGCAAGAUGGCGAAGAUAAUGCGAGGACCAUUCAUGAAGUUUGUGGCCCACGCAGCCUCCUUCACCAUUUUUCUGGGACUGCUAGUCAUGAAUGCAGCUGACAGAUUUGAAGGCACCAAACUCCUUCCUAACGAAACCAGCACAGAUAAUGCAAAACAGCUGUUCAGGAUGAAAACAUCCUGCUUCUCGUGGAUGGAGAUGCUCAUUAUAUCCUGGGUAAUAGGCAUGAUAUGGGCCGAAUGUAAAGAAAUCUGGACUCAAGGCCCCAAGGAGUACUUGUUUGAGUUGUGGAAUAUGCUUGAUUUUGGUAUGUUGGCAAUCUUUGCAGCAUCAUUCAUUGCAAGAUUCAUGGCAUUCUGGCAUGCUUCCAGAGCACAGAGCAUCAUUGAUGCAAAUGAUACUUUGAAGGACUUGACAAAGGUCACAUUGGGAGACAACGUGAAAUACUACAAUUUGGCCAGGAUAAAGUGGGACCCCUCUGAUCCUCAGAUCAUAUCUGAAGGUCUUUAUGCAAUUGCUGUAGUCUUAAGUUUCUCCAGAAUAGCUUACAUUUUACCAGCAAAUGAAAGCUUUGGACCUCUGCAGAUAUCACUUGGAAGAACAGUAAAAGACAUCUUCAAGUUCAUGGUCAUAUUCAUCAUGGUGUUUGUGGCCUUUAUGAUUGGAAUGUUCAACCUCUACUCCUACUAUAUUGGUGCAAAACAAAACGAAGCCUUCACAACAGUGGAGGAGAGUUUUAAGACACUGUUUUGGGCUAUAUUUGGACUUUCUGAAGUGAAAUCAGUAGUCAUCAACUAUAAUCACAAAUUCAUUGAAAACAUCGGUUAUGUUCUUUACGGAGUGUACAAUGUUACGAUGGUCAUUGUUCUGCUAAAUAUGUUGAUUGCAAUGAUCAACAGUUCAUUCCAGGAAAUUGAGGAUGAUGCUGAUGUGGAAUGGAAAUUUGCAAGGGCCAAACUUUGGUUUUCCUACUUUGAGGAGGGAAGAACUCUUCCUGUUCCCUUCAACCUGGUGCCAAGUCCAAAGUCCCUGUUUUAUCUCUUACUGAGGCUUAAAAAAUGGAUUUCCGAGCUGUUCCAGGGCCAUAAAAAAGGUUUCCAGGAGGAUGCCGAAAUGAACAAGAGAAAUGAAGAAAAGAAAUUUGGAAUUUUGGGAAGCCACGAAGACCUUUCAAAAUUAUCGCUUGACAAAAAACAGUUUGGGCACAGUAAACAAUCCAGCAUAAGGAGCUCAGAAGAUUUCCAGUUAAAUAGUUUCAAUAAUCGUCCGAGACAGUAUCAGAAAAUAAUGAAGAGGCUCAUUAAAAGAUACGUAUUGCAAGCCCAGAUAGAUAAGGAGAGUGAUGAGGUGAAUGAAGGGGAACUGAAGGAAAUUAAACAGGACAUCUCAAGCCUCCGCUAUGAACUCCUUGAAGAAAAAACUCAGAAUUCAGAAGACCUGGCGGAGCUUAUCAGAAAACUUGGGGAGAAAUUAUCGAUGGAACCAAAUCAAGGGGAAAGCAAUAGAUAAUGCAAAGACUUUCUUUAAAAAAUUUAUAUUUAUUUGUCCACUCGAAGCCAUAUUAUUUUCUGAUUUAUUUUUUUAAGUGCCAGUGUGACUACUUUUUAAACAAGGAAAUGUUCAAAGAUAAAUUGGGUCGUGCUUUCAUUUGGAACGCUACUAUUUAAUAUUUUUGGUGAUUAAACUUCAUUGUUCAGACUAAAUGUUGCAGAUUUUGAUGAAAAGUAUGCCUGGUGUCUGGUGCUUGUUUUGGAAACUGCUUUCUUGGGUGUAACUA